AAAAGAACAGCAAGUGCAAGACCACACAUUCCUCUCUGCCUUGUCGAUUAACCAGGCUGUCAAAGGAAAGGAAAGCAACUGUAAGAGAUAACAUCUACAAAGAGAAGAGCAACACAGCAACACCACCUCGGCUGGGAAGCAACAACCAUGAAACACGCUUUUUGAAGUUUGGUGGAAUCCCUGUGACUGUUAUCACCUGGAAUAGAAAAGAAUAUGGUUUGAAGUAUUGCUGAAAAUCAGUUCAGGAGAGUGCUUUCUAUCAGGACCAGUAGAAACAUUUCGUGGGAGUGACAGGCUGCUAUGAUACCACAUGCUUGGAUAAAACAAACAUUGGCAGUGCAAUCAUUCCACUGGCAUUUGCUAGUUUAUCUAAAAGAGAAAAGAACUCCAGGACCUGAAACCUGACGGCUGCAUCAAAGGAAGCAUGAAGAAAAUGAACUGUGAUUGAUUGUAGCAGUUUGUGGAUGUUGUCAAACACAUUUUCUGCUGUCAAAUGCUUGUUAGUCACUACAGUGAUACUAUUUCCACAAAUGCCAAAUGAUGCAAGCACUGAAGUAAUUUGAGUAGGAGUCUUGUAACCACCAAAGCACAUGAAUAUAUGCAUGAACAAUCUAUGCAGGUAACCAGUGGAUCAAGCGUCAGUGCAGUGAAGAGUCUGGAGAGCAGAAGUUGCAGAAGAGCGUGUAGCUCAGAAUAGGCGUUUCAUGGUGCAAAGCUUGCUGAGACCCAAAGAUACUUUCUACCCAGGAUCCACCAAUACUAGGUUCAUAUUGUAGUGACAAUUGGAAGAGGCAAACAAGCAUUUCCAAAGGACUAUCCUCACACAGAAUGGCUUUCACUCAGCUCAGCUACUGUGACUACAACCAAAGUUUGAGAUCCCUUGAAGUGUUUGCAUGUUAUCAGGAUGCUUAACCACAGCUAUUCCAGGAAGAAGAAGUACCUACACAGAAGUUUAAUUAGAAAAACAACAGAUAAACUCUGUUCUGUACUUUGUGGUAACUGAAAAAGAUGAUUCCAGACACAUAUUUUAUGCGGAUAUUAUAUUAAAGACUGCAAAACUAUUUUGACCGAGACCGAUGAAAGAAGAAGAGAAGUUCAUCAUCAAGAGUGUUUAUUACUUGGCAUACUUUCCAUGUGCAGCAUACUUCAGCUCAUCUGCUGUUGCCAUGACCCUGGGAACCAGACGGCUAUUCCUAAUGAAAAAAAGUCCCUACUGUAUCAAAAAUAUGGCCUCAGGAUUAUUUGCUGCCCAACCAUAUUAGUCUUGACUACUGCAAGUGGAAACCAACUAUAAACAGACAAGAUAUAACAUUGGUGAAGAAAAAUGCAUCCUAAGUGCACUUUAUGGUAAUAAUGCCACACCUAUUCUCAGCAGCUCACACUCUUUUUAAAGAAUGAGGUUGCCUGUUCUAUGAAAACUGCAAUAAUGAUGGUAGUAUUUGCCUACAGACACUAUUUCUUUCUGGUUGCCGUGUUAAACUUCUGUGAGGACAGUUUUGCACAGGGUCAAAUGAACAACACACUGAUUUUCACUAAGGAGCACGCAAUUCGCAAUUGCACAUGUCCUGAUGAUAUGAGUGACAAUGACUGUGAUUACAGUCUGGCAAAUCUGAUCUGCAAUUGUAAGACUGUUUUGCCCUCCAUGAUUGACAAGACCCAUUACAGUAAUCUGACCAUUUGGUUCACAGAGCCAUCCACACUGGGAGUGCUGUUAAACUCUACAGCCAUCUAUGACUUGAAGCUCUCAUUCUGUGGCUCUAUUCCUAUAUCAACAAAAUAUCUGAUUAUUUGGGGUCUACGGAGACUACAAAUAAGAAGUGAGAUCAACGGCCAGUUACAAGAGCAAAGCUUAACAAUCUGCAGUAGUUCUGAUUUUGAGCCACAUGGGAAGUUCAAGAUGUCAUGCAGUGACAGGAACAUGAACAAUCACAUUGCCAUUUUGGACACAUCUCUUUUCAAUGGCUCUGCCCUAUUGAAAUCUUACAGUGUGGAAAAUAUUUCAAACAUCACUGAACGCUUUCCACAUCUGCCACAUUUUGAUACAUACUUCACUAGAAAUAACAGCAACAUUGUAACAUUUAUUUACUGAAACAAUAUCCUUGGCCAUUUCUGCAGUGCAGUUAUGGGCCAUGAUAAAAUGCUAUUACUUUUUCUAGGAAGUAGAAAUUAAGAUUAGUUCUUAAUUAUCAAAGUAGAUAAUCCAUAUUAUCUGUUUUGAAUUAGACUAUAUGAAUCCACGCCACCAUAUAAUCCAGUUCAAAGCAGAUAAUCUGGAUUUUAUAUGGCAUUGUACAGGGUGAGGCAGCAUAACUUCCUUUUUUAAAAUGCGCGCCAUUCAGUCGGUUGAAGACAUAGCGGAGCGCUAGUGGUCUUAUUCCAGAGGCAGGAGUAUAAAGUUUUGUCCUGACACAGUUCAGUCACCAUCAUGUGUUGGAACAGUGAGGAGCGUGCUUUUGCCGUUGAGGCCUACAUUUCGAGCGGAUUUGGAGUGGCCGGCCCGCUCUCCAGAUUUGGCCCCUUGUGAUUUUUUUCUAUGGGUUUUUUUUUUGAAAUCCCGUGUUUAUGUGAACCAUCCAAGGACCCUACAAGAUUUGAGGACCAACAUCCAGGAAGAAAUUGCCAACAUAACGCCUGCUAUGCUGGCGAGAGUCAUGAAAAACACCAGAAAUCAGUUUACUCAGUGUAUGGAGAAUGGGGGACGUCACCUACCUAGUUUAAUUUUCAAAACUACAUAAAACAAAACUUUAGGUAUGUGCCUACAUUAUAAAAAGAAUUCUGAUUCAUACAAUGGGUUUUAUUAAGUUUUGAAAAAAGGAAGUUAUGCUGCCUCACCCUGUAGAAGGGGCCUUAGAUUUCAUAUUUUUGUAAACUACCUUUCAACUACAAAUGUACAACCUUCCAUUGAAGUUUAUAUGCUACAAAGACCAUGUUAGUGGGGGAGGGGUUGGAAAAGAGGAGAAGUAGAGUAUAAAACACUACACCCCUACUAGGUAGGAACGUGAAUUCAAUCCUAUCAAAGCUGUGCAAUGGGACAGAAUGUCUCAAAGGCAAGCAAUUAAUUCCAAUCCCUAAAACACUGCAGAGUCCUUGUCACAGCAGAGAUGUUAUAUCACAGCCUCUGGCCUUGUACAGUAGCUCAUCAAAUUGAAUAAACACUCUGACUUUCAUCCAAAGUCCUUUGGAAGUUUAUUCUUAAUUUAGUUGCUACUUAUAAAUAUUUACAAGUCUUCCCUUAGUAUGCAAAGAUACUCACAACUACAGUAAAACCCUCACACACAAGAGUGGUGAUGGAUUACAUAUGCAGAGAAUCAUGACAAGGUCUCUAAAAAUGGCAGAUAGCAAAGCACAUGGCAGAAAAGGAAGUACACAUACAAGCCACUCCAAUUCUUCCUCCAGAGGAUAGAAAAGACUCCAGGCAUGGGCAAACUUUGGCCCUCCAGGUAUUUUGGACUUCAACUCCCACAAUUCCUAACAGCCUCAGGCCCCUUCCUUUUCCAUUUUUGCUUAAUGUAUUUCUUUGGCUUAUGGAUGAAAUAUUUGUGCUGGCCAUCAAUGCCAAAUAAAUUUUAUAGAAUUGCUCCAAGACAUAGAACUUUGAACUACACAAACACACACACAUACAUUGUAAGAUAUUAUACAUGAAAUAAAAAUAG